AUGUCCUCUCCAGCUUCUAACUACAAGGUUGCCGACAUCUCCUUGGCCGCUUUCGGUCGUAAGGACAUCGAAUUGUCCGAGAACGAGAUGCCCGGUCUCAUGUACAUCAGAAAGAAGUACGGACCAUCCCAGCCUUUGAAGGGUGCCAGAAUUGCCGGAUGUCUUCACAUGACCAUCCAGACCGCCGUCUUGAUUGAGACCCUUGUUGCUCUUGGUGCCGAGGUGACCUGGUCGUCCUGUAACAUCUUCUCCACCCAAGACCACGCUGCCGCUGCCAUUGCCGCUGCCGGUGUCCCAGUCUUUGCCUGGAAGGGUGAGACCGAGGAGGAGUACUUGUGGUGUAUUGAGCAACAAUUGUACUCUUUCAAGGAUGGAAAGAAGUUGAACUUGAUCUUGGAUGACGGUGGAGACUUGACCUCUUUGGUUCACGAGAAGUACCCUGAGAUGCUUGAGGGCUGUUACGGUUUGUCCGAGGAGACCACCACUGGUGUCCACCACUUGUACAAGGCUUUGAAGGAAGGAAAGUUGAAGGUUCCAGCCAUCAAUGUCAACGACUCCGUCACCAAGUCCAAGUUUGACAACCUUUACGGAUGCCGUGAGUCUUUGAUCGACGGAAUCAAGCGUGCCACCGACGUUAUGUUGGCCGGUAAGGUUGCCGUUGUUGCCGGAUUCGGUGAUGUUGGUAAGGGAUGUGCCAUGGCCCUGAGAGGAAUGGGUGCCAGAGUUAUCGUCACCGAAGUUGACCCUAUCAACGCCUUGCAGGCUGCCGUUGAGGGCUACCAGGUUUUGACCAUGGAGGACGCUGCUCCUAUCGGUCAAGUCUUUGUCACCACCACCGGUUGUCGUGACAUCAUCACUGGUGAGCACUUCAUCCAGAUGCCAGAGGAUGCCAUUGUCUGCAACAUUGGUCACUUUGACAUCGAGAUCGACGUUGCUUGGUUGAAGACAAACGCUAAGGACGUUGUUAACAUCAAGCCACAAGUCGACCGUUACUUGUUGGCCAGCGGCCGUCACGUCAUCUUGUUGGCUGAGGGUAGAUUGGUCAACUUGGGAUGUGCUACUGGUCAUGCCUCGUUCGUCAUGUCCUGUUCGUUCUCCAACCAAGUUUUGGCCCAGAUCGCCCUGUACAAGGCCAACGACGCUGAGUUCAGAUCCACCUUCGUCGAGUUCGAGAAGUCUGGCCCAUUCGAUAUUGGUGUCCACCUCUUGCCAAAGAUCUUGGACGAGACCGUUGCUAGAUGCCACUUGGAACACUUGGGAGUGAAGCUCUCCAAGUUGUCGAGUGUCCAAUCCGAGUACUUGGAUGUUCCAAAAGAAGGUCCAUUCAAGGCUGACCACUACCGUUAUUAA